CAUACAGUGUGAUUACGGUGAACAUGCCGCCGCUGCCAUCAUCGAUCGCGGACGCGUACAGCGCAGGAAUCGCGUCGGAUGCAGGUGUUGCUACCUUCGCCGAUCUAUGUGCGAAGAAGGUGCCAUCCCGUGGGAAGGAAUCGCAUCUCACUCACAUGGCUGCGUUGAUUGUGCCCGAAGCAGAGCUCAAACGCAUGCAAGGCGACCCGCACGAGAAAGUACGACGCCUCAAGCUUCAAGUGCUAUGUCGCCUGGGUCAAGCCGCCAUCCGCAAGACAGACCCCGUGGACAAAUCGGCAAAGAAGACGUUGUACUCGAUCUUGUCGUCCAUGGCGAUGAAAAUGGACUCGAUGGCGAUGAGCCUUCCCGAGCACGACGACGCAGACGGCAAGUCGGCGUUCACGACGUUCGUUCUCGACACACUGUCCAGUCGGUUCCAGUCGCUGCUACCCAAGACAUUCAAAUGGUUGCUCAAGACAUUAGAAAUCUCACCACCGAACGACCAUGAGGCCAAGAAGAGUGCCCCAUCGUUGUUGUUGGUGCGAAGUCAGUCGACCGAGCCACCGACGCUGAAACCCGAUUGUUCCAUCGCUCAAGUGCUGCAGGGUCGGUCGUCGUCGGCCAAGGAUCCUUCGGCAAGUCGAAGUCUGCUGUUCCAAGAAAUUGUACUCACGUCCAGUCAACCCAAGACUCGUCUUCCUGCAAUGAUCACCCCCACUAUCCACAAAGUUGUGCCACCUUCCACCGACGAACCCGCUCCGUGUGCCGUCAAUGCGGACGUCCCGAUCGUGAACGCACGACACACGAUGGUCCUCAAGACCCCCGAACGACCGAAGCGGCCGCCCAUGAAGAAGCGCUUGGUGUGCGUGGCGUCGUCUCCUCCGCUGCGGAAACCCACCAAGAAGCGCCUCGGGACGUUGAUGUCGAAUUUCAAAUAAACAUGUUUCAUGCACUGUCGUCGUCGCUGUAGGCCGCCACGAGACUCGCCACGGGCGCCGUCUUUUGCUUCUUGCGGGUGUUCCCAUGAUCAUUCCCUGCAUGCGUUGACGUUUUGGCUUUCACUUUUGCAGCCACCUUGGCGCCUUGCUUCUCCAAGGGCAGAGAAGAUCUGUCCCGCGACGACAAUGUCGUUGCGACUGCUGGGGGGGGUUUCUUGGCUUGAAUCUCGCGCUUCAGCAACGCUACCAACGUCCCUUAACUUGUG